UUUGUUUCUCAGAUUCUGAUGGACCUACGGCAGCUCACCGAACCGGGCCAAAGCGGGUCAAAGGCAGGUUAGAGGCGGGCGGGACCGGGAUCAGGACAGUCCGGGCUACGCAUCUGGACUCUGUUUGGAUCAGAACCAGAACCAGAACCAUGAACCAGCGGGACUGACUUCUCGGAACUUUUCUGCCGUCUCCAUGGAGAUGAGAGAUUUUCCCGCCAUCUAAGCGGCUGACCACGCGCCGAUCAGGGAUCAAUCAUCUUCAUCGGUGCCGUAUUGAUCGGGAUGGGCGCGCUCCCGUUGCUUUUGCUCGUGCUCUUGAUUUGCGAGCACGCCCGCAGCACGUUCCCGAUGCGGGCCUCCUACAGCCUAUACACCGGCGGGAACACGCACGCGCACGGAGCACGCGCUGCCAGCAGACAUCGGAACUGGUGCGCGUUCGUUCUCACGAAGACGGUGAGCUGCGUGGUGGAGGAUGGGGUGGAGACCUACGUGAAGCCGGACUACCAUCCAUGCAACUGGGGCAGUGGGCAGUGCAGCCGGGUGGUGGUCUACCGGACCUACAUGAGGCCGCGCUACAAAGUGGCCUACAAAACCGUGACGGAGAUGGAGUGGAAGUGCUGCCACGGUUACAGCGGACAGGACUGCACCAUUGGUCCAGCCGGUGGACCAGGAAGUCCUGUGUCCAAUGGAGCGGGGACAGGAAGCGCUGCGGGAAUCGGACAGAAUGGAGGACGACAGGACCGUGAGGAAAUGCGGAGGAUGGAGGAAAAGAUCCAAAGGCUGACGGAGCAGCUGCAGGGCUUCCAGUCCACCAUGAACGAACACUUCCAACACGAACCGGUCAAACCAGGAAAGAACCCGGCAGAUGCAGCUCCGCCGGAGAUAAAGGAGACGAUCCACAGCAUUCAGACCAAGCUGGACCAGCUGGACAACCGCACCAAGGCCCAUGAUCAAACUCUGGUCAGCAUCAACAACCACCUGGUUAACGGCAAAGGGAACGAGCUGGAGGGAGAGGUUCCAGCGGGGGGGCUGAGUGGAGACAAGCUGAGCACGCUGAAGGAGAACAUCCUGAAGGAGUUGGAGAGCCGGGUGCUGCUGUCCUGCUCGUCCUGUCAGGCUGGCGUGGAGGAUCUGCGGCGCCAGCAGCAGGAGGACCGGGAGAGGAUCCGAGCUCUGGAGAAGCAGCUGACCGCCGCAGACGCUCGGCACCGGCAGGACGUAGAACGCCUCCAGCAGGAGGUGCAGCGCUCCCAGAGAUGCUGCACCUCCAUCGCUGACCUCCAAAGCCGCGUCACUGACGCUGAGAACAAGAUCAGCUCGGCCUCGGAGAACCUCAACGUUCUGCUCAACCGUGUGGAGCCCAGCGGAACAGGAGGGGAAUCUAAAGGAGGUGCGGCUGGUGGAGCAGGAACCAGAGAUGGCGGCGUAACAGACGGAGGACGGAGGGAUCUGCUGAAGGACCUAGAGCUUCACAUCAACAGCAGCGUCCAGCGAACUGAGCAGAUCUGCUCCGACCUGGAAACGGACCUGAAGGACUACGUCCACAACCAGCUGGAGGACCUGCGGACCGUGUUCUCCGACCGCUUCGACGACUGGACCUUCAGGAUCGAAGACGUGGAGCUGGAGGUGCAGCAGGUGCAGAAAAACCUGGUGGAGCACGGCAGGAGGCUCUCAGAGCUGGAGAACAGCACCGUGGAGGUGAGCCGCAGGGCGGAGCUGUGUCGCUGUGGAGGCUCUGAGGGUGGAGGAGGAGGUGGGACAGAGGGAGGAGCAGGAGGAGGAGUAGGAGGAGGAGCAGGAGGAGGAGCAGGAGGAGGAGCAGGAGGAGGAGGAGGAGGAGCAGGAGGAGGAGGAGGAGGAGCAGGAGGAGGAGGAGAAGGAGCAGGAGGAGCAGGAGAAUCACCUGGAGGGAGGGACACGACCACCAAGAAGUCUCUGGAGUGGAGAGUGGUCGCCAACGAGGGCCAGAUGCGACAUUUUAACACUCGGCUGAAGGACCUGUCGGUGUCUGGAGACUCGCUGCAUGACCGGGUUCUGGACCUGAGCCACGAUGUCCGGGCCAUCAAGUCUCUGACCGGGGACAACGGGGAGAACUUCAACCGGAUCAUCAUGGAGGUGGAGAUGCUGGGGCAGGACUGUGAGGUGUGUGGGAAGGUGGAGGAGGAGCUGCGAAGGUUGAAGAAUCAGACCCGCGACCUGAGCAACAUCCAGGAGGCUCUGCAGAACAUGCAGAACCACAUCAGCUCAAUCCAGACCCGACUGGACUCAGAAGGCGGCGGCUGCAACCGGGUCUGCUCGUUCCUGCAAGAUGACGUUCAUUUACUGCGAGACGAGGUUAAAAGGUGCUCUGAGCGAUGCAGGACGGGUUCUGACACAUUCACAGCAGGUGAUGGUUCCAGCAGUACCGGUGUCCCUGGUACCGGUGUCUCUGGUACCGGUGUCUCUGGUACCGGUGUCUCUGGUACCGGUGGAUUUGGACCCAGCUUGGAUGCAGAGAAGCCUUUAGACGGCCACAGCGUGAUUGGAGGCUCCUUUAACAGCGACCAGCUGAAGGCCCUGCAGGGCGAGCUCACAGAGAUCAUCUUCACCUUCAGCUCCAUCAACGACACCCUGAGCGGUCUGGAACACACCGUGCAGAAACACGGCAGCGUCAUAACCGACCUGGGAAACACCAAGGACAAGAUCAUCUCUGAGCUGGACAAAAUGCAGCAGGAAGUGACCGAACACGUCCAGGAGAGCCAGGAGACACUGGAGAGGAUGGACCGGGACGUCCGGCGCUUCGAGAACAUGGUGGUGGUGGAGAUGGGAGACUGCAGGAGGUCCGGAGACGGACUGGAGAAGAGACUGUCGAAGCUGGAGGGCGUCUGUGGCCGGCUGGACGGCGUCUCUGACUCCAUCCAGAAGGUGAAAGACGGCCUGAAUCAUCAGGUGUCGGGUUUGUGGACCUCUGUUUCUGGGCUGAACCAGUCCGUCGUCCAACAUGGAGGGAUCCUGGACAUCAUUCAGAGGGGACAGGACGACGUCCACAGCAGGAUGAAGAACCUGAACUCCAGCCUGAACCAAGUCCUGAAGAAGCAGCAGAGCUUCUCUGAUCAGAUCGGCCUUCCAGGACCUCCAGGAGAGAAGGGCCUCUCCGGGCCCCCGGGGACCCGGGGCCCCCCCGGACCUCCUGGACGAAAAGGAGACACCGGCUCCCGAGGGCCUCCAGGACCAAAGGGGGAACCAGGUCUUCCUGGAGUCGAUGCCCACAGACCCCGGCUGUCGUUCUCUGCUGGCCUCACUGCCGCCAAAGACACCGCCGGAACCGUCGUCUUCAACAAAGUCUUCGUCAACCAGGGCAACUUCUACAACGCGGCGACAGGUAUUUUCACCGCCCCCGUAGACGGACACUACUACUUCAGCGCCGUCCUGACGGGACAUAAGAACGAAAAGAUCGAGGCGGUCCUGGCCAAGUCCAACUACAGCAUGACCCGGGCGGACUCUGGAGGCUACCAGCCCGAGGGCCUGGAGGCCAAGCCUGUGGCGGACUCUAAAAUCAGCUCGGGCUCUCUGGCCGUCUUCAGCAUCGUGCUGCCUCUGCAGCGAGGAGACACGGUGUGCAUCGACCUGGUGAGGGGCCGCUUGCCCCACUCCGUAGAGCCGCUCACCGUCUUCAACGGCGUGCUGCUGUAUGAAGACCUGUGAGCUGCUGCUGCGCCGCCUGCAUUAGGACAACGCCUCAUGAGGAGCGAACACGAGCUCCUCGGUCAAAGCUGAGCCACUCUGAGUAUUUCCCAUGAACCUCCCAUGCAGCUUCAUGGACCAGCAGGAGGGGAUUUUAUCAUGUCUGUAUUCUGUCCAAUCAGCAACUCGCCUCUGGUCACAUGAUCUGACCCAAACGCCCCUGAAGCCGAGGAGGCGAAGAGUUAGAAGAAUCAGGACUUUCCUCUGUCAAGCGCAGCUCUUCCCAGCCAGGAGGCGAGCAAACGUUACAAUAAUGUUCUACCUUAAUGUUAAAUACUCUUAAUAUCCAGGAUGUGACGGCUGUCCACAAGGGGGCGCCACCGAGCCGUGGAUUUUUAUGUCAGAGGACUCGGACAUUAUGUUUGAAAUUAUAUUUGCCAACAUGUCUGGAUGCAGAAGUGUU